AUGAACAAUAUUUUCAAGUAUGGCUCUGUUUCGCGAAUUCCGCUCUACAAUUGCAGCGCUCAUACCCCCGAGGAAUGGUCUCAGCGGGACGGAGUACGUCGGCCGCUGUACGGGAUCGCCGACAUGAUUUAUGGGCUCACGUUUAAUAUGCUCUACAUCCCGAUUCUCUCGGUACUCUUUGAGAAAGAGAACAUCAAAAUGUCAUGCUUCAAAAUCAUGAUAUUCUUGGCAUCAGUUGAUAUGCUCGCACUUUGGGUCAACUCCAUCACUACCGGAUUUCUAGCAUACCAGGGUGCCGUAUUCUGCACCUAUCCGAAUUUGAUCUACGUCACCGGCAUGGCGGGCUUGGGACUUUGGUGUUGCUCGUGCAUUAUUGCAAUGAUUUUGGUGAUGAAUAGACUUUUGGAUUUGUCAAAGUCGACGCUGAGCACGCUGAUCUUCGAGGGAAACCGUACCUAUUUGGUGAUGAGCUUCACGAUUCUCUAUGGACUGUAUUUUGUGGUUUUCACUCCGCCAAUCGCGUUUUCAUCGAAAUAUCACACUUGGUUUUUUGACCCAUUGAUUUUUGUCAACAGAACUGAUGAGUACGCCAACAUUCCACACGGAGUCAACAAUUUCCUUGUGGUCGGUAUAACUUGUCUCCUUUACGUCUCAUUUUGUCUUGUGCUUGGAAAAAAGCUCGAACAAGCUUCAAAUAGCGGAAGCUCUAAAUCCAACAAAAUGAGCACACAAAUAUUCAUCCAAUCUGCAAUGAUUUGUGCAAUCAAUCAGGUCGCUUCGAUUGUCUACGUAAUCAUGAACUUCAUAGACGUGCCGUUUUGGCUCAUCAUCGUCGGGCAUAGCUUUUGGCUAUUCGGUCAUGGUGCACCUGCGAUCAUUUAUCUUUGUCUGAACAAGACUAUUAGGAAUGGGAUUUUGAAGAAAAUUGGUCUCAGGAAAUCAGUUGCUGCAGUCGUCACACGAGAUACCAACAGUGGUGCAUUCACCAAGACUAACUGA